UUUUAUCGACAUAAGUGUCUGAAUUGAUAUAAAACUAUUUUUUUUAAUUUUCAGUAAUAUACAUUAGGUCCAACCGCAGGAAGCCAACGCUUCGAGUUCGAUCGUUUUCUAGUGACGAUUUAUCUACUGAUUCAGUUGAAAUGCCUCAGAGGCGGGGCCGCUGGUCAGAAGCAAGUCUGCGUGCGGCUAUGGAGGCGGUAAUGGAAGAUCCAUUUAAAGUGCCUACAAAGCGAGCUAUGUGGUCUGAAGAAAGUUUGCGUGCAGCCAUGAAAGCAGUGCAAGAAGGCCAUAUGACACAUUACGCUGCAGCGGAACUUUACAAUAUUCCGAGAUCAACGUUGUGGGACCAUUUAGUAUCAGGGAAAACAGUUAAAAGAACUGGACGCUAUCCAGUUAUGAAUACAGAGCAGGAGGAACAUCUCGUGGGCAGGUUAAUAGACAAAAGCAAAACUCAGAAAUUGACAAAUAAAAUCAUACGGAGAGAAGCAUUUAUUAUGUGCCAGGAAUGGAAAUUGAAACACAAUUUUAAUUUAAAAACUGGCCUUGCGGGCAUAGACUGGCUGAGGAUGUUCUUAAAGCGACAUCCUGAAAUUUCAAACGCAAAACAAUAGCAUUUACCUAACCACUAUCCCAAAGAGAGGGAAAAAUAUUGUUAACAGCCAAUUUCUACAUGAGUAGUAUAGUGAAACAGUGACCAUUGGUUACAUGAUCGCGAAUAUGUUUCUUCACUCUAAUAUCUCAAGUAAAAGCUAAGAGUUCCAUACAAACAUCGUUAUUUAGGCAAAGCGUCACCCAAAAAUGUUUUUAUGAAUCUUUUAGCUUGUAACAUUAUUUUGACUAUUAUGGACAAUGAAGAAACUGGCCGUAUUAUUUUUGAAAAAGAGUCAGAAUAAACGUGUUUUAAAGAA